AUGGACAACACAAUCACCGUUGAGGGGGUCACCAUCAAUACUGGGCUCUUCAUCAACAAUGAAUGGGUUAAGGGCCACGGAAAACCCCUCGAGACGAUCAAUCCGGCCACCGAGGAGGUGAUCGCCGUCGUGCAGACCGCAAGCAAAGAGGACGUUGACAUCGCUGUAGAGGCAGCGCGUGCGGCGUUCGAGACGACCUGGGGUACCGAAUGCAGCGGGCAAGAGCGUGGGCGCCUCCUCUUCGCCCUCGCGGAUCAGAUGGAGAAGCGCAUCGACGACCUUAUCGCCCUCGAGAUCGUUGACGCCGGCAAGCCCAUCGCAUGGGCGCGCGCCGACAUGGAGGAUUCGAUUGCCUGCCUGCGCUACUACGCCGGCGCCGCCGACAAGAUCCAAGGCCAGGCGAUUGAAAUGGAUGACAAACACAAGUACGCGAUCGCCCGCAAAGAACCCAUUGGCGUUGCAGCCCAGAUCGUUCCGUGGAACUAUCCGAUUCUCAUGCUGGCAUGGAAGGUUGGCCCAGCUCUCGCCGCUGGCGUAUCAAUCGUUUUCAAGCCCGCAGAGCAGACUCCACUCUCGACUCUUCUAUUCGCCCAGUUGACCAAGGAUGCAGGUUAUCCUCCAGGCGUCUUCAACGUUCUGAACGGGGUCGGGGCUGUCACCGGUGACGCUCUCUCACGCCACAUGGACAUCGACAAGAUUGCUUUCACAGGCUCAACAGCGACUGGGCGCCGCAUCGCCUGCGCUGCCGCUGAGUCCAACCUCAAGUCUGUCACACUUGAGCUCGGUGGGAAGUCGCCGAACAUUGUCUUCGAGGACGCCGACCUCAAGGAGGCCGCAAAGUGGGCCGCCUUUGGUGUCUAUGAGAACAUGGGGCAGUCUUGCAACGCUGGAUCGCGCAUCCUCAUUCAGGAGUCGAUCUAUGACAAGUUCCUCCCGCUUUUCGUAGAGGCUGCCCAGGCCUUCCAGGUGGGCGACACAAAGGAUCCAAACACAUUUCAAGGCCCUCAGAUCAGCAAGAUUCAGUUCGAAAAGAUCCUUGGUUACCUUGAAGACGGCAAGAAGGAGGCCAAGCUUAUUACAGGCGGAAAGCGCUUCGGCCAGAAGGGCUACUUUGUCGAGCCCACUGUAUUUGGCGAUGUCGACAUGACUAUGAAGAUCGGGCAGGAGGAAAUCUUUGGCCCCGUUGCCUCCCUCAUCAAGUUUAAGACUGAGGCGGAGGCCAUUGAGAUCGCCAACGACACGUCUUACGGCCUCGCUGCCGCCGUCCACUCGAUGAAUUAUGCUCGGGUUAACCGUGUCACGCGCAAGCUCAAGGCCGGUACUGUCUGGAUCAACCAGUACACCGUCCUGUCGCACCAAGUGCCGUUUGGUGGUUACAAACAGUCUGGCUGGGGCCGUGAGCUCGGCCUUGAGGGCCUCGAGCCAUACCUUACAACCAAGGCAGUGCACCACUACUAUGGCCCGGAGUUUGAAUGGCCUAUCAAGCUGUAAUCACGCUGAGAAGAGAACUGAACAUGUAGGCAUAGAAGCCACCUUCGGGCGGAAUGAGCUAGAUGAAAGCGGGAUUCUGAUGCGAACUCUACUGGAGUGCAGUUCCGUAGCCGAAGUGAUAAUCCUCUGCCAUUUUUGCUUGCUUGCUCCCAGCUCUCUUACAUGCAUGACUGUUGCAUGUG